GUGCUCGGCUGGCAGCGCUCCAAGCGCUUCCGGACCACGCUGGUGUCCCUGGCCACGCUGACCUACAACCUGGAGCUGGCCGCCAGGCGGGAGGGGCCGCCGCGCAGCGCUGCGGAGAUGGAGCGCCAGUGGGCGGCGCUGCUGGCCCGGGGGCAGGAGGACUUCAGCUUGCUGGACACGCUGUGGGACAUGAGCAUGCUGUUCUCCUACCAGGAUCUCGACGACAACGGCGUGCUCUCGGUGGACGAGGUCGAGAACGUGGCCAAGCUGCUGGGGUACGAGAUACCGAGCAGUGAUCCGGCCCGUCUGGAGCGCUUCGUGCAGAACAUGAGCGCUGGCCAGUCGGACGGCGUCAAGUUCAGGGAGUUUGCGACCGCGAUCCUGUUCCCGCCCCAGUCGAGAGGCGCUGCCUCGUGGGCGGUGCGCUCGCCCUGGCCUGCUGGAAGCAGUUCGCUGCCGACGCGGUCGCCGUGUGCGGGGAGGACUGGCCGGCGCGGAGAGGGCGGCAGGAGCGGCACGGCCGCGGGCCCGCCGGCUGGAGGCGGCGACGCGUGCUGGCUGGCCACCUUCGCGGCCGCCCACGCCGAGGGCGACGUGGAUGCGGACCACAUCGACAGGCGCGUGUUCGAGAUCUUCGACCUCGACAGGAACGGCAGCAUCGAGCUCGAGGAGUUCACCAGCGUGCUCAGGCAGGUGGGAUUUGAGACGAUGGGCGCGGAGCAGCUCUUCAGGGACAUGGGAGGCGGCCCCCUGCGCAGGAUCUCGCUGCGGGAGUUCUCCGCGUACCUCCGCGAGUGCCUGGACGGCACGGCGGCCGAGCAGAAGAAUCAGCGCGAGUUGCAGGAGGAUUCCCAGUUCCUGCCGGGCUGA